AUGCGGGGCACCCGAUGGGACAAGCGGGCCAACACUGUCACCCUCGGCCCCCGCGGUCCCAUCGGUGCCCCGAGCGGGCCCCCGGUGUUCAAGAAGGCCAGUCCCAACGGCAAGCUCACUGUCUACCUGGGCAAGAGAGACUUUGUGGACCACAUCGACCUCGUGGACCCUGUGGAUGGGGUGGUGCUGGUGGACCCUGAGUACCUGAAGGAGAGGAAAGUGUUCGUCACCCUGACCUGCGCCUUCCGCUACGGCCGCGAGGACCUGGACGUGCUGGGGCUGACCUUCCGCAAGGACCUCUUCGUGGCCAGCUGCCAGCCCUUCCCCCCCCUGCCCGAGGACAGGAGGCCUCUCAGCAGGCUGCAGGAGAGGCUGCUCAAGAAGCUGGGCGACCAUGCCUACCCCUUCACCUUCCAGAUCCCUCCCAACCUGCCCUGCUCGGUCACCCUGCAGCCAGGCCCCGAGGACACUGGCAAGGCCUGUGGGGUGGACUAUGAGGUGAAGGCCUUCUGUGCAGAGAACCUGGAGGAGAAGAUCCACAAGAG